UCUUUGCGUCAGACUAAAUAAUAAAGUGUGGCGCUGCAGAACCACCGCCGGUCCUGUAGGGGGCAGUGCAGAGUGGCGCAGUCAUAGUGCUCAGAACAAAACCGACUCUCAAAUGGCGGCACGAAAACGAAGCAUAGUGUGGUCGUUUUUCCAAGCCGAGGACGAUAAACGAGUAUUAUGUCUCCUUUGUAUGAAAACGGUUUUAUAUUUCGGUCACACGACCAACAUGCUUCGGCAUUUACGAGCGAAACAUCCGAAUGAUUUCUCCGCUUUGGACAAGAGAAAAUCCACAUCGGGAAAAAGCGCAUCCAACCAUAAUAACGGCUGUGUAGAAGUGACAGUUAUGAUGGACGAGCAGCAAGUCGAAGUCCCGGCCGAGGUGGGAGACGCCGAGAUGGACGGGGCGAUCCGAGGAAUCCUGUGUGCUGCCGCAGGAGAACCGGCCACUGAAGGAGAGGUGUCCGGGUGCGAAGGCGAGGGCAGAGGGACUCAGGAGGGCAGCCCUGCCCCGACCCAAACCCCGACCUCACGCAAGUGGAGUGCGGUGUGGGUUCACUACCGCAAAGUGGACCAGGAGAAGAAGGCGCUGUGUUUGCUGUGCAUGGAGAAGAUCCAGCACCAGAGCAGCACCAGUAACCUCAUCAGACACCUGCAGAACAAGCACCCUGCCGAGUACGCCCAGCUCGAGGAGCAUUCGCAGAAACGACCCCCCAAACGCAAAAGCGAGGAUCCAGACUACGUCCCUGCGACCUCGCCCAAAACUCGCACUGUGACCCCCAGCCGCAUCGUCCCGUCUCAGCUCAGUAGCAGUCUAACUGUUGACUGGAGCGACGGGCGGAGGAUCCUGGAGCGCGAGCGUGAGCUGACGGAGGCCCUGAGGCGAGUGCAGCAGGAAGAGGGAAGAAGUUUGCAGCAGCAGAGGGAUUUGAUGCAGCAGAUCCGAGAGCUGGACGCGGAACGACGAGCGCUUCAGAACCAGAAACGCGAGCAGGAGGACGAACAUCACAGACUGAAGAGGGAAAAGGAAGAGCUGGAAAGCACUAGGAUGGAGCUCCAUAAGGAAAAAGAAGAACUCCAGAAGGAGCGCGACGAGCUGUUUAAGGCCAAGGAGGAGUUUCGGAAAGAGAAGGAGGAGUUGGAGAGACAGAGACAGGAAAUCCAUAGAGAGGGACACAUACAGGGCCAAGUGUCCGAGUUUUACAACUGUUGAUUUGUCUUAACGCUUCACUGUUAAUGCAAGCUCUUUGUAACUUUUAAAAUGUUUAGUGAAUGUAGCUGACAGAUUCCUUCAUUUUGCCAUUUCUUUUCUUUUUCCUUCCCUCUCUGGUGGACGUUCUCCAUGUUCUCCAUGUUGAGGUGUGAUGGUGAUGAUGAUGAUGAGGGAGGAAAUGUUCCUGUAAACAAUGCAUUUCACUGUGUAUUUUUUUAACAUUGUAAGUCGUUCAGAACUCAAUACAGCGUUCUCACACUC